CCGCCGUGCCUCCCGGCGCAUAAAGGGAAGCGGAGGGGCCGGCCGGGGGCAGGUACUGGCGGCUAUGGAGCAACGGGGAGUGAUGGAGCAGCCGGUGCAGACGGAGACGUGGAAGGCGCGGAGCCUGGAGGAGCUGAUCCGCAUCCUCCAUCGGUUAUUCGCGGAGGACAAAGUCAGCGUGGAGGAAGUGCAGGAGCUGAUGGAGUCGUACGAGAGCAGCCCCGAGGAGUGGCUGCAGUACGCCAAAUUCGACCAGUACAGGUAUACAAGAAAUCUUGUGGACAGUGGAAAUGGAAAGUUCAACUUGAUGAUCUUGUGCUGGGGUGAAGGGCAUGGCAGCAGCAUCCAUGAUCACACUGACUCACACUGCUUUAUGAAGAUUCUCCAGGGAAACUUAAAGGAGACGCUGUUUGAAUGGCCUGAGAAAAAAGGGAAUGGUGAAAUGACUAAGAAAUCAGAACGAGUUCUGAGGGAAAAUCAAUGUGCCUACAUUAAUGACUCUAUUGGCCUGCAUCGUGUGGAGAACACCAGCCACACAGAGUCUGCUGUGAGCCUGCAUUUGUACAGCCCACCCUUUGACAGCUGUAACACCUUUGAUCAGAGGACUGGACACAAGCAUAAAGUCAGGAUGACCUUCUACAGCCAGUUUGGAGAAAGGACUCAGUGUGCAAUAGCAGUGCCACAGGAGAACAACUGAGAAGCACCAGCAAGCGUUUGCAUAAGACCUGCUGAAUAUUUAACCAGGGACAGGAGACUUGCUUGGCUAUGACCAACCACCAGCUACAUUUCUAUACCUUGUACAUAGAAGUGCAACAGGGCAGCUUCCAGGCCGCCCCCGGUUCCCCCAAGCCAAUGCUGGUUUUUGGGACUGAGCUAACUAGUGCCAUAAAGUACUUCAGAGGUUACAUGCCUUUUCUUGGGCUCCUGUCAGAAUAAAGUAGUUUGUUUUCUGAUUUUAGCCUCCUUUUAAUUCCACUUCUAAUACCACACUAAGAAUAUCAGUAAUAGGUUUUUUAACAUUAUCUGACACUACUUAAACUGGCUGUGUGUGUAAUCCCUCAGUGUAAGUAAUGACUAUAUCAACUUCUAAGCUUCCAGUCACUUGUACCUAUGGGUAGUACACUAGAUACAAUUAACUGCAGCUUUUUUUUUUUUUUUAAUUAAGUCUUUGGGUUUUAAUGCUUUAGGCCAUUUUGAUAGUUUUGUGCAUUUUUUACUGGUUUGUUUUUUUUUUACAAUUUCUCAGAUCUUGUUAUAAGUAAGAGCAGCGAAAUGCUUUGUGCACAACAGUUUUCAAAACUGAUUGGAAAGAGAUUUGAGUUUUUAAUAAGACUAAUCUUAAUCAAUAUAGCUAACAUCCAGCUUCCAAAGUAUUCUGUAUAGCUAUUAAAGAAGGUAACGAAUAAAACUGGAUUUGUGCACAGA